AUGGUUUUAAAUUUUGUGCGCUAUGCUUCUCACGCCCAGUUUGACGUCACGCUACGGGGUUCUCGAGGUAGCCUUACCGCACCCUAUUUUACUUCAUCCAAAAAGAAUCCUGUUGUAAUAGUGGUUUCGGAAGCGCCAGAGAACCGCUGCUGGAACAGUCUAAGAGAGCUUGCUGACUGUGGGGUCGGUCCAUCGCGUGGUGUUGCGAGCGGAGGCGUCGCGGUCUAA